AUGGCACACGAUGAUUCUAAUUAUCAUGGAAAUUUUGAGGUAAAAUUCAUCAGAAAAACUGUUGUUAAAGCUGCAGGUUCAUUGCCCGAGACUCAUAUUAUCACCCUCUCAAAUCUUGACCUUUUGUCAGGCCGAUUUCCUGUCACAUAUAUCUACUUUUAUAGCAAACCACACAAUAUUCACUUAACCAUUGAGGCCCUUAAGUCCUCCCUUGCUCGAUGUCUCACACUAUACUAUCCGUUUUCUGGUCGAAUCGUGCAAAACCCACAAUCUAAUGAGCCUGAGAUCAUCUGUGACAAUAGUGGUGCACUUGUCUUAGAAGCACAGACAAACAUCUCUCUGAAGGAGUUCAACUUCUAUAAUAUCGAUGAGUACCUUAAGGGAAAACUCGUCUCUAUCGAUCACAAUUUUGCUGUACAAGUUCAAAUCACGCGAUAUGCGUGUAGAAGCAUGGCAAUUACAUUCACAUUUGACCAUGCUCUAGGUGAUGCAACUGCCUUCAGUAAGUUUCUUGUUACAUGGUGUGAAAUUGCUAAUGGGAAACUGAUUUCUUGCUCACCGAACCAUAGUCGAGAACUUUGUGCCCGGAUCCCACCCAGUUAUGAUCCAUCGUUAGCCGACACGUUUGCCUCCUGCACCCUAGACGAUAUACUCACAAUUCCAACCAUUAGUAUAUUGCUCAAACGCCUUUAUUAUAUACCUAAAUCAAGCAUUGAUAUGAUGCAAAAACUUGCAUGCAUUACUGGUGCCAAAAGAACGAAAAUCGAGUCCUUUUCAGCCUAUGUAUGGAAGAUUAUGGUGAAUGCAAUUGAUAAAAAACACAAGAAUUGCAAGAUGGGCUGGUUAGUUGAUGGAAGAACUAGAAUAAUAUCAAAUGAUCAUGAGAAUUCAAUGUCAAAUUACAUAGGAAAUGUCUUGUCUGUUACUUUCGGAGAGUCCAAUGUGAAUCAUUUGAAACAAGGGCCUAUUGCAGAUAUAGCAAGUGUGGUUCACAAAGCAAUAUCUAAGGUAACAAAUGAAGAACAUUUCAGGGACUUGAUUGAUUGGAUUGAGUGCCAUAGGCCAGGACUAAUGCUGGCCAAGAGUGUCUUGGGACUCGACGUUCCGACCCUCGUCAUAUCGUCCGGGAGAAGGUUUCCGGUGGCGGAACUGGACUUCGGAUUUGGAAGUCCGGUGCUUGGGACUGUAUGCUCUACCAUAGAGAGGCUUGGAGUUGGGUACAUGAACCAAAGGGAAAGUGCUAGAGGAGAUGGUUCUUGGACAGUGUCAGCAAUAUUAUGGCCGGAGAUGGUUGCGGAACUAGAAUCAGAUCCUAAUAACGUGUUUCGGCCUAUGAAUUCGAGCCUUCUUCAACUUUAA